AUGGCUCCAAGGCGAACAAACCAAGCUGCAACGGAUCAACCAAUGAACGAGUGGGAGGAGUUGAGGAGAACUCUGCUAGCGAUGCAAGAAAACAUUCAAGUUACAAUCCACAACUCGAUGCGGGAGCUAGCCGAAUCAGUGUAUCUCCAGCAACGUCGCAGGAGACAACCUUUCGAGGAGGAUGGAUCGACCGAAGCGGAUGGUAACACGUCCCCAGAAGAAGUACAACAUCGGGGUAGUAAUAGGUUUGAUCGUACUAUGUUCGCUAGACUACAAAACUUGCGCCAAGGAUCUCGAUCCGUAGAUGAAUAUGCGGAGGAGUUUUCUCUGCUCCUUACUCAGGAGAUCUUAGACAGUGAGGUGCAAUUGGUGUCGCUGUUCAUAGGAGGUUUACGACCACAACUGCGGAAUGCAAUGUCACAGUUUUACCCUUUGACAGUUGCGGAGGCUCAUCGUCGUGCGGUUGCGGUUGUUCCAGAAGAUGCAUCGUCUCAAGUGGAUGAAAAUGUAAAGGAUAAGGAUGUUGAAGAAGAUUUAGGCACGGAGUUAUCCCCUGUUCCAAUUACUACUACUCUAGUAGGACUAGAAAUCAUUUUGGACGAUUGUGGAUCUGGGACACAUGUAUGGAUUCUUGUUAGAUUAGACCAUACCGUCAGAGACAUCCGCAACAAGAUUGCUGUGUUUAGACCAGAAGACAAGAGAGACUACUACUUAAAGUCUGAUACUGGAGUAGAGUACAGAGAUUUGGAUACAACUGUGCACAGAAUUACUUCUGAUUCUCGUGGCUCUACAAUUCUCUAUCAGUUAUUCUCCUCUUAG